GAGCAGGGUUACAAAGUAAGGCUCUUUGGGUGAUUCCCCUCAAUUUCCUAGGACUUGACUACCACAAAAAGCCACACUUGCAUUUUACCUCAAUGACUACAUCAAGUCAAUUCACACCCAUAGAGUGAAAGUGAUUGAGAUCUUCAGUGAAGCUCCUCCUACAACAAUCCACCAAUAAAUGCUGGAGUCAAACACACAGAGAAAUCACUCCAUGUGUGACAACUGAAAUCUUCAUGACAUAAUGUUGAUGCCGGUGAAAGAAGAGCUUGAGAAGAUGACAGAUACACAACCAUGCAGAAUAAAGGAUGAAGAUACUGAGGAACAAAUAGAUAUGAUUGAAGUGAAAGAGGAGAGUCAAGCUGAAGUGGAUGAGAAACAUCAGAUUGUAAAAAUAAAUCAUAAUGUUUCACGGAAAGAAACUCUGAAGACAGAAGACAUAAAGUGUGAAAAUAGUUUCAGUGAAGAUGAACGCCCUGCAGAUCACGAGAGGACUCACAGUGAGGAGAAACCUUUCACAUGUCAACAGUGUGGAAAGAGUUUCAGAAGAAAAGAUCACCUUAACAUGCAUGUGAGGGUUCACACUGGAGAGAAACCUUACAUGUGUCAACUAUGUAAAAAGACUUUCACCUUUCAAACGAACCUUAAACGCCACAUGAAAACUCACAGUGGGGAAAAGCCACAUGCAUGCCAUCACUGUGAAAAGAGUUUCAUAGAUAAAAGUCAACUUAAGAAACACACAAGAGUUCACACUGGAGAGAAACCUUUCACGUGUCAACAGUGUGGAAAGAGUUUCAGAGUUGAAUGUAGCCUUAAGAUACACGCAAGAAUUCACACUGGAGAGAAACCUUUCAGGUGUCAACAGUGUGAAAAGAGUUUCAUAGAUAAACAUGGACUUAAGAUUCACGUGAGAAGUCACACUGGAGAAAAACCUUACAUAUGCUCUCAGUGUGAAAAGAGUUUUACAUGUCGAAGUAAUCUUAAGACACACAUGAAAGUUCACACUGGAGAAAAAACGUUCACAUGUCUUCAGUGUGAAAAGAGUUUCAUAAAUAAACAUGGACUUAAAACUCACAUGAGAAGUCACACUAAAGAGAAACCGUUCAAAUGCCAUGAGUGUAAAAAGAGUUUCAAAACAAAAGCUUAUAUUAAAAUACAUGCAAGAUUUCACACUCAAUAGAAACCAUUCAUGUGUCAACAGUGUGGAUAUGGCAACAAAGUUUAUAAAUCAGCUGAGGUCUUUUUAAUAAAACUGUGCGUAGGAUCCUUACUUAAAGAGCCACACAGAUCCCAAAUCGAAACUGACCUGUGUUGUAGUGUGUCAUGUAGCUGUCCAUCAAUGUAAACAAUGUGCAAGUAGUUGAACCAAAAAGUGCACGAUUAAUAAAGUUAUUGGCAUCUAAAGUAGGGAGUCGACUCUGAAUCGCUUAAAUGAGUCGUCAUAUUGAUUGAAUCUCCUGCCUGAAUUUAACCACAUAAUACGUAAUAACGUAAUGGUUCAGUACCCACUUUAUUUGGAACAACAUGUGACUCCUAACCAUAACUUGUAUGAUUAUAGCUACAUACUUGCUUAAAUGAGUGUAAAAAUUUGAAUGUCUGUUGUCGUUUUUAUAACUUGGACUAAUGAUGAAUGAUGUGUAUUGAUGAUGUUGUUUAAACUCUUAAUAUACUGUCAGAGAGUCACGUUAGCAAGUGGCUAACAUAUGCUGCACUUACGGUUUUGCUAUGACCCGGUUUGUUUACAUAAAUGCUUAAAUGAGUGUAAAAACGUUUUUGUCGUCGUUUUUAUUGCUUGAAUUAAUGAUGAAUGAUGUGUAUUGAUGUUAAUUAUCUGCCACUGAUAUGUGUCAGUUGACCAAUCAGAGCAGAGAAGGCUACUGAAAGGUGGGGUUUAAGCUAG